AUACCUUACGCGUCCCAGUUCCAGCAAAGCAUCUUCCGAUUUCACGUCAGGCGACUUCAACCAAUAUGCUCAUCACUGCAUUGAUUGCUCUAUUGUUUACAUCUGUGGCGAUUGCCCAGAGCUCCAAGAGCAUCAUGUUCAACCAUAUAUCAUUCCAGGGAACCAACCACACGAUAGAGGCAGAUGAUCGCUGUGUCGACCUGGAUGGAUCUUUGAUGAAUCGCAUUGAGUCGAUACAGAUUGGUUUCAAAGCCCAUUGUGAAUUUUUCUAUUUAUACAACUGUAUGAACUACAAGGCCGACUACACCAGGGAUCAAGCCCGAUUCUACGAUUCUCCUUCGGUGUUGUCAAUUCGAUGUGGUCAUACGCGGUCGAAACAGCUCGGCCGAACAAAGUCAAAGGAGCCUAAAGAAGGUCUAUAAUGCAUUUAGCUUAAGGGCAAAUUGGGGCUUGGAAUUUAUUGGAAUAGCGUAAUGAGAUUUAAAUGAGACUUGAGUUGAUAUAUUUCCGGCUUUGAGCUGGCACAAAAGUUUAUUAUAUUUUUUUUACA